UUGUUUGUUUGUUCGGUGAUGGAAAAUGAAGCUUCCAAAAUGAUUAUAUUCGGAGAGUCAAAAGAUUUACCUUGGGUUAGUAAACGAGAUCGGAGUGGUGGAUGUUUAAAUAAUAUCAACGAUUGGAAUCUAACCAAAGAUGGUAAACCAGGUGAAUUUAUAAUUAAAACAUUAUUCUCAGAAUUUGCCAUCUCUACGGAAAAGAAAAUUGAUUCUGUUCUUUCAAAUGACACCUUGGAAAAGCCUAUAUCAAAAUCAUUACAAAAAGGUGAAGAUAUUGUUUUCGAUCAAUUGUUAAUUGCUUUUGGUUCUGUUGCGGAACAUUGUUUACCUUCACUUUUAUCAACCCUAUUUGCUUGGUAUGAUCGACAAUUAACUGCAACUGCUGAUUAUAUUGAGACAAAAGGAUUUAAAGCCAAUCUAUCAGAUUCUCAAUCAAAAGGAACAGGUAAAAGUUCCUCUUCCGGAUGUGAUAUUUAUGAAAAAUCGGAGCAACUUUACAUUCUAGAGAAACGUGACCUUUGCGUUGAAUUUAUUUUCUGUUUAUUUCUUAUUGAGGUUUUGAAACAACUUCCACUUCACCCUGGACAUGAAGAUCUGGUCAACUAUAUUGAAAAUCUUGCCUUUAAACACUUUAAAUAUCGUGAAGGUGCCAAAAAUGAUCCAAAUUAUCAGAAUAUCAACAUUGUCGCUGAUCUUUACGCUGAAGUUAUCGGUGUAUUGGCUCAAGCUCGAUUCCAUUCUGUUCGUAAACGAUUUAUGGCCGAAUUGAAGGAACUCCGUUCAAGAGAACCAUCAAUGGUAACCACCCAGUCGAUAAUCAAUCUUCUCAUGGGGAUGAAAUUUUUCCGAAUCAAAAUGGUUCCCAUUGAACAAUUUGAAGCUUCCUUUGAGUUUAUGCACGAAUGUGCCCACUAUUUUAUCGAGGUUAAAGACAAAGACAUUAAACACAAUUUGGCAGGUCUAUUUGUCGAUAUACUUUCACCUGUUGCUGCCACCGUUAAAAACGAAGUGAAUGUACCUUGUUUGAAAAAUUUCGUCGAAAUGCUUUACCCAUUAACGUUGGAUCUUUGCGUUAAAAAGAAACACACUUACGCUCUUUUCCCUUUGGUCACUUGUUUGCUUUGUGUGUCACAAAAACAGUUUUUCCUUAAAAAUUGGCACUGUUUCCUUUCCAUGUGCCUGUCACACCUUAAAAAUCGUGAUUCCAAAAUGUCCAAACUCGCAUUGGAAUCUCUUCAUCGUCUUCUUUGGGUUUACAUGAUUCGAAUCAAGUGUGAAUCAAACACCGCAACCCAAUCUAAACUACAGAGUAUCGUUUACUCACUUUUUCCUAAAGGAUCUAAAGCUGUUGUUCCCCGAGAUGUUAACUUAAGUUUCUUCGUCAAAAUAAUUCAAUUUAUUGCUCAAGAAAAAUUGGACUUCGCAAUGAAGGGGAUUGUUUAUGAUCUUCUUUCCGUUGAUCGUCCGAUCAAGGUCAUCUUUGCUCCUGAAAGAAUGACCAUCGGCCUGAGAGCUUUCAUCGUGGUUGCUGAUAGUUUGCAGCAGAAAGAAGGUGAACCACCGAUGCCUCGAACAGCAGGUGUCAUGCCCUCUGGUAAUACCCUUCGUGUUAAACGAACUUAUCUGAAUAAAAUGUUGACCGAAAAAAUGGCCAAAAACAUCGGAGUCAACGAUUAUUUUCCGCAUGUCCUCAAAUCACUCAAUGAUAUUUUGAGAGCCUUAGAUUUACAAUUUGGUAAACCAUUGAUGUUAACCACCGUUCAAAAUAUCAACAAAGAGCCGGAUGAUAUGAUCACCGGUGAAAGGAAACCAAAGAUUGAUCUUUUCCGAGCUUGUAUUGCAGCGAUUCCUCGUCUUAUACCCGAUGGAAUGUCCCGUUCCGAUUUAAUUGAUUUACUUUCUCGUCUAACUGUCCACAUGGAUGAAGAACUUCGCGUUUUGGCCUGGCAAGCGUUGCAACAUAUUAUCAACAAUUUUCCUGAAUGGAGAGACGAUGUCGUCGAGGGUUUCAUUAACUUCAUGUUGACCGAAAUCAAUGACACUUUCCCUCAACUAUUAGACAAUGCACUUCGAAUGCUUUUACAGUUACUUGCCAAUUGGAAAGCCACAAUGCAACAAACACCAACAUCAACAGGUGGGCCUAAGACAAUCAAUGAAAUCGACCCACUAGCUACUAAAGGUCAACACACAAUCCUAGUACUUCAUCGUCUCGAAGCGAUUGGUUUGGUUAUGCUGGUCAGUUGUCGUCAACCUACCCGCCGAUUAGCAGCCAAUUUACUUAAAGAGACUCGCAGUUUGAUGCAAUCUUUUGUUUCCGCCAUCGAAUCAGAAGAACCUGUUCUCGAUGUUAUUGAUCGUAUUCGUCCAUCAGUUCUUGAAAGUUGUCUUCCAUUCAUACCAUCAACCGAAAGGACAUUCAUUGUUUCCUCUUCCUUCAAUGUUGACCUUCAAUGGUUAGCAGAUCGAACCGGAUCGGCCUGGUUAACCGUUACCAAUGAAAAUGAUAUUGAAAUCAACAGGUCAUCAUCAUCGACAACCGAAUUAUCUGAGGAUUCGAUAAUCAAAAUGAACGCCUGGUCAUCUAUAAUUACUGGUCUCAUGUCUGAAGUUUCACGAGUUUGCACUUCGACAACUUUUUUCGCUUGGUCAUUGGCCUGUCAGCGAUUAAAUUCUCUUACAGUUCACAUUGAUACAACUUCAAUUAACGAUAAUCGCGCCUCAGUUUUACUUCGUGGAACCUCAUCUAAUGUGAAAAAAUCUCCCAAUGAACGUGACGCUUAUCUAGCGCUUUGGAAAAAUUAUCUCAUGUUUGCCUGUUCGAUUGUACCUUCUUCAUCAGUUACUAAUAGUUCCAAGUUAAUAUCUCACGAUUUAAGUUCGUCGCCGGAUAGUAUGGCGUCUGAACGAUCUUUGGACAACAAAUCUCCUCUCAGUCGUGGUGUUAGUGCUGCUUGUCUUUUCUCACAAAUUUUACCUCACAUAAGAAACGAGAACACAGACCUUCGAAACGCGGCCAUUUUCGGACUUUCGCAUAUCAACCCAUCAGCUGUGAAAGAACUUAUGGAAGAAUUAAUUCCUUACAUCCGAGAGGCGAUAGAUCGGAACAAAGAGAAUAAUCGAAAACGGAAGCUUCGUGAAUUUUUACGGAUUCAAUUGGGAAUUUUACUUGAACUUUUAGCUGUUAGAAAAAUUUUCGGCCUCAAUUCAACUUCACUUGAUCGUGAAGCCGAUGGACUUAACAAUACUUUCAUCGAAUAUAUUGAUGGACUUCGUUUAUAUCUCGAAAAUGAGAAUGACAAAGAUAAUCCAAAUAUUCUUGAAAUAAGAAUCAAAUUCUGUGGUUUCAUCAAUCAUCUCGCUGAAUCUUUUCCACUGGACAGUCGAUCUAAACUAUUUGGCCGCGAUUUACGUGCCAACCUUUUCCAAUUAUUUGCCUCUUGGUCAGGUAAAUAUAGUCAGUGUUUAGUUGAUUCCAAAUCAGCAGUCACUCAAAAUAUCAUUGGUUCACCUUCAUCUGACCUUGAAUUCAUGGCUCUCGAAGCGAUGUCAUCGGUUCUUUGUUGUGGUCAAGUUUUCGACAAUUCUUACCUUUCGGAGGACAGUUCAGUUUACACUUGGCUUAAGGGAAUUUUAUCAUCGACCAAUGAAAAGGUAACAAAACUCGCUCACGCAACAAUUGUCCUUCUCCUCGAAUUCAAUCCAGACACUGGGCCACUUCUCGAUUGGUUAGUGGACUGUUGUUAUUCACAAAAAAUUCCAGUUGCCGAUAGUUGUUUCACCGCAAUCGCCACAAUCUUUAGUCUUCGUGAUUAUCCUUGUGAUCAUUACAUUUCGAUCAUUAAUGUAACUCUCAUGAAUGUCGGAUGUCCUCGAGCUCACAUCGCUGAAAUGGCCUUUAGUUUACUCCAAAUUCUUGAUUAUCGUUUCUUUGGUUCCGGUAAAAAGUUGGCCUUGAAUUACGAAUUUGAAAAGUCAGAGAAAUCAGUUUCCAACUUUGAGAAGAUUUUAGAGGACGACGAACCGGAUGAAGUGUCCGAUGAAGAAAUCGCUGGAGUCCAACUACGAAAAAAAGACAAUUCAAAACACGAAUUCAAGCCCUUCGAACCACUUUUAACAUCAUCAUUUCCUCUCAAUCAAUCUGAAUUAUCCCAACGAAUGGCGAAACUUCAUGCUGACCUUACUAUGCCCUUCUUCUCGGAAAUAACCUUUCGAUUACAAAUGGCCCGUUCAUCGAUCUGUCGAAACAUGUUGGACUAUUUACGACCUUGGUUAUCUGAUAUGGAACUUGUUGAUUCCUAUGUGAUCCCUCAAACUAAUCCUUUGUUAAACAACUACAACUCUAAUCAUGAGUGUGACGAUCAUGUGCCAAAAGGUUGGGGAUGUGCCGAAGCAACAGAAAUGGUUCUAAACAAUCUUUUCUAUAUAACGGUUAAAUUUGGCGACGAAUAUCCGAAAGAGAUCGAGAAACUUUGGUUUUGUUUAUGUUCUAAAUUCCCUAAUAAUAUGAGAAUCAUCAUUCGAUAUUUAUUUAUAGUAACAGGUUUAUCUCCAACUGAACUUCUUCCAUUUGCCAAGCGGGUGGCCUUGUACAUGGCUCGAGCGCGACCUGAACGUUUUAUCGAUGAAAUGAUGUGUGAACUACAAACUGUUGAAUAUCUUAAUUGUGUCAUUGAACGAACAGAGACUCCACCCUUUUUCCGCAUAACCGCUCGAAAGGAAAAUGGUCACUCGGAAGAGGGAACAGUGACCGUUAUCAACUACGAAGGGAGUAAUCGUAUCUCCAUGAAUCUCGAGCAAGGUACUUUACAUACCAAACGUCAUUCAACCGAAAGCGGUGGUGCAGCUGAUCGUUUAUUUGCUUCUGUUGAAAGUGCUGCCGCUUCCUCUUCCCACGCAACUGAAAACUCUGCUGGAUCAAGUGUCUCAGGUGGUAUGAGUACCACUCGAAUCGAUCGGCUCUCAUCAAUGACCGAAGAUCCAACGAUCAUUUCAUUUGCCUCAGUAACUGAGGAAAGUCUUAUGCUCUUGGCUCGGGUCGCUGAAUCGGACGCUGCUGCUGCUUGUCAAACAUCAGCGCGACAACCACAUCCUUUGCCGAUGCCUGAAUUUGGAGGUUACUAUGCACCUUUGACGGAAUUUUUACCCGAUUCAUCUCAACCGGUGGUUGGUUUUCAUCGGUGUAAUCUUGCCCUUCUUCUUCUAUGUGAUGUUGUGCCUGACGGAAUUCCCAUUGACUGGACACCUCAUAUUCCAAUAAUGCUGAACAUAAUCUUCUUGGGUCUUGACCAUCCCAAAGUUUUGAUCCACGAACACUGCAAGCAAUUACUUCUCAACCUGUUGAUCAUUUGUUGUGCUCAUAAUGAUCCCCUUACCAUAAGUCGCAUCUUAUUGAACAACAAGACCUCUCGUCUCAAGUACAAUCUAACAAUUAAUCCCGCUAUUCCUGAAACAAUUCCCGAUUUCACCGACCCACCUGCUGAUCGUACAAAUAACUUAUUGAAUGAUUGUUGUCUUAGUCAAUGUCGAUUGGGUCGUAAGUGUUUCGAUAUGCCUUCUAAUCCUUCAUUAAACGACAUGGGUAAAAAUGAGAACUGGUCUAACCCUGCAGUCGACGAUGCCGAUGAUAAUUGUUCAACAAUCUCAACUGACCAACAACCCAAUAGCACAAUGUCCUUGGAGCAAUUGGUAAAGUGUUUAGUUCAAUUUCUUGAUUCUAAACAAGGUUCAAACCUCUGGAACUGUGAAGAUAUAACAGCAAAAGUGUGGUCAGUUCGAAGUGCCUCUCAACUGUCCUAUUUUCUUGAGCACAUUAUCCUCGUCUUUAAGGAAUCUCUGAUUAGAGGUCAUAUUGAAGAGCGUUGGGCAGAAGUUGCUCUCCAAUUGGCUCUCUCAUGUUCAUCUCGUCAUUACGCUGGUCGAUCUCUCCAAAUUUUCCGUGCUAUUAAAUUGCCAAUUAACUCACGAAUGCUUUCCGACAUUUUAUCUCGACUUGUUGAAACAGUCGCUGAACAAGGUGAGGACAUGCAAGGUUAUGUAACCGAGUUAAUGUUAACCCUUGAAUCAGCUGUUGACUCUCUCAACUCCGAGCGACAUAUCCUCAGCGAAUACGUGAAAGCUUUGUUCAAACAACAAAGAUCCGCUCCACCUUUACCCACCUCGUGCUUGAGAAUGUCUGAUCGUGAUAUAGCCUCACCAACGGCACCACCUCCAUCCAAUGCGUCGAGCCAAGCAACUGUAACCUCAUCAAGUUUUCCCACCUCGAGUUACAUGACACCUCAACAUCUUGAGCGUCUCAACCACGCUCGAAGUAUAUCGAUCACUAUUCCCGAAAGGAAAUCAGCAGUGUCCAUGGGCUCACCCAAUAUUGAACAUCGUGAGAUGAGAUUUCGUAGUAACACCGAGAUUGACUUCCGAAUGGCUCACCGACAUUCAGCUGAUUACAACUUUGGCCGAUCUCGUAGUGCACAAUCACUCAAAACAAAUGAAGAUCAAAUAAUGUCACCAGAAGAUCGCAUCUCACUUUUAGCCCAAUUCUUUUGGAUUUCGGUCGCAAUGCUGGAAACUGAUUACGAACACGAAUUUCUCCUCGCACUUCGAUUGAUGGAAAAAAUUCUAACCUAUCUUCCCCUUGAGAGAAACGAUUCCCAAGAAAAGGUAGAAAAAGUUAUCCUUCAAUCGAAAUGGACAAAUUUCCCUGGAGUUCACGCAAUGCUGCUCAAAGGUUGCACUUCGACCUCAACCUAUCAAGCAACAAUUUAUCUUCUCCACAGAUUAACACCAUUCCUCGAAUUGUCCUUUGUCGAUCCAAGUGAAAACAUCGACUCAUUUCCAUUCAAUGUUUUCGCUCUAUUACCUUACAUGCUCUCCAAUUACGAUGAUCCGAAUCCUCUUUGUAUCCACGCUUCGAAAAAAUUUGCCGAAUGGUGUACAUCUAAAGUGCAAGAACCAGGAACUUACAAUUUGGAAAAUUUGGCGACCGUGAUGACCCUUUACAGUAAAAAGGCGUUUUCAAAGGAAUCCUUCCAGUGGACAAAGUGUGUGGUCAAGUAUCUUUUCGAUGCUUAUCCUUAACUUCCCUCUUUGGUAACAUUUUUAGUCGAGGUGAUGGACAAAGGCCCUUCGUCACUUAGUUGUCACGUUUUAUCAAUUCUUCACUGUAUGUUACAUUAUAUGGAUAUUGUAACUUCAUCGUCGUCAUUGAACAAUGACCUUUCUAAAAUUAUCCACAAAUAUAUUGAAAGUCAACAAUGGAAAGAUUCAUUGAAAAUAUUGAAACUUGUGGUCACUCGAUCGUCCACCUUGGCCGCAGCUCCUUCUUACACUUCAUCGGCAAUCAAUUCGCUUUCCUCUUCAUCCUCAGUCUCUGGUACAGCUACUGUUUCAUCAGCAUUUGCCUCUGCUUAUUCAUCAGCGAUUCCAGCUGAUACCGUUUCUAUUGCAUCGGGUGCUUCAUUUGCCGAUUCUGAGUUUGGCAUAAGACGAGAGUUACCUGGUCGAACGAUUGAAUUUUCCUUUGAUUUAACGCAAACUCCGAUUGUUGGAAGAAAGUUUAUCAUUGAUGAGAGGAAAAAUCUUUUAACUAAAGAAGAAAAUUCUAAACAAAUUAACCUUCUUCCACCUCAACCUUCACCUCCACAAUCUCAAACUCAAACACAACAGAUUCAACCCCAGCCCCAACAACAACAAUCGUCACAACCCCAACUACUCCAACAAACUCAACCCUCACAAUCUCAAUUAUAUCAACCGAUACAAUCAGUGCAUCCACCACAACUUCAAAUUCAACAACAACAGUCUCAAACAACCUGUGUUGUUGAUGAAAAAGAUAUUAAAGAAAUGAAUAGAAUCAAACCAACCAAUGAUUCUAGUCUCACAGAGACAAAUAAAACCACCGAGACAACAAAUAACAAUUCAUCGCCUCGUCGUAGUCUUUCAUAUAAUCACUCGUUCAACGAAGGUUCAAAUUGGAAGAGGCCCUGGUUAUCUCAAUCACGAACACGAGAAAAAUUAAUUGGACUUUUACGUAGUUUCGGUAAAAGUGUUGGUCUCCCUAAAUCACCAUCGGUCAUUUUCAGUCAGAAUAGUGAUAUUAUUGAGAGACAAUCUUCCAUGGGCUCGAGUGAAGAGGAUAUAACAAAUACGAAUAACGAUGUUUCCGCCGAGAGUAAACUCGAUGACAACGGUAAUUCCGAUCAAUUUGGACUAUUUAAAGAUUUCGAUUUCCUUGAAUAUGAGCUUGAAAGUCAAGAAGGCGAAGGUAUGGAUAACUUUAAUUGGGGAGUUCGACGUCGAUCAAUCACCAAUCUUGAUGAUACACCCGAGAAUGACCUUAGAACUGGAAGUCCACAACAAGGUGACCUUGACACACUACCAAAUAAAGACGAAGCCUCUUCAGACGAAGAGGGUGGCUACGUUUCACCAACUUCUUAUGAUGGACUUAAUGAUCUCUCUAUUUCAACUCUUUACUCAAAUUCUUAAGAGACCAAAGUAAAUUAUGAAGCAAAAAUUAAGAGAACAAAGAAAAUGUUUUAAUUCUUCCCAACAAUCUCACCCUGAUUGUAAUUAUCACAAACAUGGUUAUCUCUUCAUAUACACUAUAACCAAUGCAAUAAUAUUAAUAUAACUCUUCCCUUCCCUCAACUUAAUCACUGGUUAAUUAACACCACUGGUUCAAACUACCCAAUCAAUUGAUUUUUAAUCAUAUUCCAAAUGUGUAUUAAUAAUUUCAUAUCUUUUUUUGUUCACCAAUUCACUUAAAAUAAACAAAAUUUAUCUUUCAAAUUAA